UUCUUCCGCCAAGCGUCUCUAAGCGAGACCGAUUCUUGACCGGACGGUUUAUUGACUACUGUACCGCGAUUACUCGCGCAUUACUUCGUACAUUUUCUACGAUAACGCACACAUGCGUUCUCGCACGUCUUUUGAACGGGAAACCGAUUCGACGUAAACAACGGGACGAUGGAAGCUGGCGCCGUGUCGCGGCCGCUGUGUGUACUGCUCACAGGUCCACCAGGCAUAGGCAAAACUACAGUGUGCAAGAAAGUUGCAUCUACAUUAGAGAAAAAGGGCGUGAGGUUCGACGGAUUUUAUACGGAGGAGGUGCGCAAUCAAAGCGGUUCCAGGAUCGGCUUCGAUGUCGUGAGAGUGGCGGAUCCUGAAAGAAGAUCGUCCUUGUCACGACUCAAGUGCGUCCGUGUGCUUUCCACACACAAUGACAAUCACAAAACUGUAAAUUUAACAGAGAUUCAAAAGGUCUCCAAGUAUCAAGUAGGAAACUAUACUGUUUUCCUAGACAAUUUCGAGGCAGUAGCGCUUCCGUCAUUGGAUUCGGACACUGACAUAUUGCUUAUAGACGAAAUCGGCAAAAUGAAAUUGUUCAGCAAAGACUUCAAGAAGAAAGUGACGGAUAUAAUUUUCGGCUCUUCUGCGAAAAAAGUUUCCGUGAUCGGUACCGUACCGCAGGCGCACAAAGUCCCGCGACAGCACGCGGCGCUGUUCGAGAGAAUGCUCGCGGACGAUAGAAUCAAAAUUCUGAAUGUGUCCCACGGAAAUCGAAACGACCUGCCGGAUGAAAUUGUCCGUUGUUUAUCAUAAAACUCAUCUCGGGCGAUUGCGACACA